CAACAAUAUAGCAAUGAGCAGAUGGAACGAAUGAGAGCUGCCAUGGGACAUGAUAGUGAAACACCCUUACAAAAACUAAAAGCGAAAUUCCAGGAAGAGCCACUUGUACCAGCAGGUGCUGCUUUAACAACUUUCGCAUUGGUCGCUGCAGCAUAUGGCGUCAAAAAGGGUAAUAGAGCCUUUACGAACAAUAUGUUCCGACUUAGAGUUGGAGCGCAAGCUUUCACAGUGUUAGCGAUGGUUGGCGGCUCAGUAUACUUUCAGUAUAAGAAAAAUCAGGAA